GGUGUAUGUCAGAGAGGGGGACAAGAGAAGGAUGGAGAGAGCAUUUUGAGACCCCUCGGUGACCAGUUUAGUUCUGCUUGGCAUUCGAACCGCACCAGAGAUCAUGUGACAAAAAACGAGCUCGAUACUUCGCGCAGAUUUCGAGAUCCAAGAUCGUUCGCCGAGAUCGUCGCCGGAUCGUCAUUAAACGGUGGCCCGUCGAUCGAUCGCGACAGACAGCUCGCGCCGAUCACGUGCGACGAUUAGUGUCUGUGAACUUGUUCCUGUGACCUGCACGACUCGUUUUUGUGUUAUAAUCGCGCACGUGUUCGUCGGGAUCGUCGAUUAUUAUUCCCCCUUUCCUCCCUCUCUCUUUUUUCUUAAACAUCGUAUUUACGAACAUCGUGCGCUCUCACUGAGUCAGAGUGUUAAAAGAAAUCGAUCGACGAUACGCGUCGGCGAAGGGAACGAGUAGGAAUUCCUUUUCCGCGUUUCAACCGAGAAACCAUCAACGAUGACCGAUUCCGAAAUUGUGCAGCAGCGAUCGUGACGACACACGCAACACGUGCACUCCGUUUAAAUCAACAAACGCAGCAGGCCACGUAAAAAAAGACGGCCUGCAUACGUUAAAGAGGAAAGUGUUACCUCCUCCUCUCUCGCCGCUGCUCGGUGAACGCUCACCGCGAAUGACACUUGUGAAAUCAUCGUACACAUUUUCACCGCUCCGAGCAGCGUUCCGUGGAAAAGAGGGUCGUUGACAGCACCACGCGCGAUAAAUAUACCGUUGCGAGCUUACAACACGACGACGUCUGGCCCGAUCUUCUUCUCUUUCUUUCUUCUGUCGGCCAAAACUUUUUCUCCGCGCCGCCGUGCCGUCUUCGCCGAUUCGUUGGAAAUCGCACGCUUAUGCGCGAACUUCGUACUCUUUACUCAUGCUCGUUAUACUCGAGAAGAAUACAGCGAAAUAUGAGGUCGACCGGUUGGCACACGGUCUAAGAAUACGUACCGCGAGGGGUCCGUUUGGACGUGUCCAACGCGUCGCGGGCUAGGAAAUAAAUCAGCAACUUUCUCCGAACGCUGCGCCGUCGACGACAGUAGCUCGUAAAGCAUGUCGGGUGACACGACGUCCGACGAGGAGGGAUCGCAGGAGGAUUCAACGCGGUACGAUAUAGACGAUUUAGAGAUGAUCAAGACCAUAGGCACGGGUACUUUCGGCAGGGUGGUACUCUGCAGGCAUCAGGGUACUCCCUUGGCCUUGAAGAUCCUGUCGAUGGUGGAUGUGAUCAGACUGAAGCAAGUGGAACACGUGCGAAACGAGAUCACCGUGUUGAAAGAGGUCAAACAUCCCUUUAUCGUGAACAUGCUUUGGAGCGGAAGAGACGAGGCGAGAGUGUACAUGUUGCUCGAGUUCGUGGCCGGCGGCGAACUUUUCUCUUAUUUGAGAGCGGCCGGUCGAUUCUCCGGGCCCACCAGCUGUUUCUACGCGGCGGAGAUUGUCUGCGCGCUGGAGUACCUGCACAGCAAACAUAUCGUUUACAGAGACCUGAAGCCCGAGAACCUCCUGUUGGACAGCCAGGGUCAUUUAAAGAUCACGGACUUCGGUUUCUCCAAGAAACUCACCGACAGAACGUGGACUCUGUGCGGCACACCCGAGUAUUUGGCGCCAGAAAUAAUUCAAAGCAAAGGGCAUAAUAAGGCGGUGGACUGGUGGGCGCUCGGUGUUCUGAUCUACGAGAUGUUAGCCGGUUUCCCGCCGUUCUUCGAUGACAAUCCCUUCGGCAUCUACGAGAAGAUCCUCAGCGGUAGGAUAGAGUGGCCAAAGCACAUGGACCCGAUUGCCAAGGACCUGAUUAAGAAGCUUCUGGUCGCGGAUAGAACGAAGAGGCUAGGAAACAUGAGACAAGGAGCUGACGACGUGAAGAGGCAUCGUUGGUUCAAAUUGGUGGAGUGGACAGUGGUUCCCCAAAGAGCUUUAAAUCCACCGGUAAGGCCGCGAGUAAAAGCGCCAGGCGACCCAAGCUGUUUCGACGAUUAUCCUGAAACCGAUUGGCGUUCGCAACCUCCCUUGCCACCGGAACAACUGGCUCUGUUUCAAGAUUUCUAAAAAGGACAUGAUGGAGACACGUUCGGAUCGUGCCAAGCAUUCAUUGACGCAAGCUCGUCAGCUCGAGAGCUUCCGCGUCGGGAUGAGGGCACUUUCAAUGCAAAUUGUCGCUUACGUUCGAACUGGAGUUUGCUCUUAUUUUGUACAUAGCUGUCUUCAUUUUUUUAUUAUGUUACGCAUCGUUUUAUUUAUUUGUACUCUUUACAUAGAUCGUAGACUAUUCUUUUCUUUUCGUUGUUUUAUGCUGUAAAUAAAGAGAAAGCGAGCGAGAGGCUGCAAGUUCGUUGAAACACCAGACAGUGAUUGUUUGAAAUGAAGAUCAUUGGACAGAUGCGACUGUGUAUGUAUGUUCCUACCGAUGGAAGCGUUGACAGAAAUAAUACAUAAUUUUGUAUGAAGUUUGUAAGAAAAAUGUGUAAAGUAUAGUAACCAUCGUGCGACGCUACAUGUCGGAUAAGAAUUAAAUUGUGAAUUUUUUAAACUUUAA